GUUUUUCGUAUUAUCUCGACCGCUUUGUCGCACGCCGGUGCCUCUUGUCUCCGCGAAUCUAAAUAGCAGUUAAUCAUAGUUUAUUUUUACCGCGCAACGUGUGUUAAUAAGUUUCGGGGCCGAUUGUCGCGUUUCUUUUAUUUUGUAUUUCGAUUGAACUCGCUUAUUUCGAAUUGCGGAAGAGAUUGUGCGUGAAAAAAAAAAAUGUUCGCGAAUGAUGACUGUUCACCCGAAGACCCAGUUAUAAAGAUAAGGAAUUGUAUAUCCGAACGACAACCUUGAUAAGUUGUAUUUAUAAAUUAAUAGAAUAAAUUACAUACGUAUUAUAUUAUAAUUUUGCAAAAGUUUAUUUGAUUGUGGAAUCGAAAAUUCGGCUGUCUAUUCGGGAUUUUGGCGGGAACUCGUCCGUGGAGGUAACGAGGAAGAAGGCUGCACAGAAAGUUUGGAAAAGUGUUGAGCAUACAUCGGAUGCUGGCGAGUGUUUUUUCAACGCGUUUUCGAGGCUAAGCGCUAGUUGUUUGAACAAGUGUGUUUUCUAAUGGAUUUAUUUUGAGAUUGUAUUCAAAACAUUCAGCAUUUGUGGUUCGUUCAUUACGAGUGACCGACGACCGGCGUGCAGAAGGGUCCCGUCCUGACUCACAAUUUGUUCAAAUUGUCAAAUAAUUGAUAGUGCUAUUCUGAUCGUGUAUCUGAAUGUGUCUACAGAGGAAAGAUGUUGGCCUUAUAGAUGAAGCGACACCAAUGGUGCAGUUAGUUCUGGGUCCGGAGUCGGCACUGAACCCAAAUCCCGGUGGCGCCGCGAAGCCGCCGCUUAUCAACUCAUUCGAGCUGGACCGCUGUCUGGACCGUGAGGAGUCUGGCAGGUGGGGCGGCGAGGCGGCGCGGCGACGCCGGCGCAGCUCGCCCCCGCGCCGCGCCUCUCCCCCCCGCGACCAUGAGCCGCUUGCACUUGCUAGGAGCUCAGCACCGCCGUCACCGAGUGGCUCGGCCCACUCCAGCCCGGCGCCCGUGUCGUCUCCCGCGGGCAGCGCGGCCGGCACCGCUGGGGCUCGCUCUCCGCUACCACUGGUCGCACCGGACCUGCUCGCAAUGCAGCUGAUAGACCAGCACACACAGCUCCAGGCCUUGAUGAAACAAAGGCUCUUCCAUCAGCAUCAGAUGCAAAAACAGCACAUGUCUUCGGAGGCUGCUAAACGGCAAUUGGAGCAGUCCAGACUCCAAGAUCAGAUCAAUCUGAAUCUGCUGUCGCAGCCUCACCUGCCGCCUCCAGACACUUCUCCUGGGUCACUGCAUCAGCAGCUGGGCGCCCAACAACAACAGCUGGUGCAGCAACUACAGGCCGUGCAGCGUCAGUAUCUCAUGCACGGCCCUCUGUCAGUGCCACCCAAUGCUCCUCCAGGUCUGAUGUUGUGGGGAAAUGAAAUGGAGGAACAUCCUCUGUUCGGGAGAGGGGUCUGCAAGUGGCCCGGAUGUGAUGCUCUCGCUGAUGACUACCAGGCUUUCCUCAAACACCUGGAGGCGGCGCACACGCUGGACGACCGCUCGGCGGCGCAGGCGCGCGUGCAGAUGCAGGUGGUCGCGCAACUCGAGCUGCAGCUGCGGCGCGAGCGGGACCGCCUGGCCGCCAUGAUGCGGCACCUGCACGCCGCGCGCGACCACCACGCGCACAAGCACGCUUCAGGAGCCCCGAGCGAGGGGACAUCACCGGGGCCCGUUAGAAGACGCGUCUCCGACAAGUCAGGAGUCGCCAUUGCUGGAGAGAUCCAACGGAACCGCGAGUUCUACAAGACGGCGGACGUGCGGCCCCCGUUCACGUACGCAUCCCUCAUACGGCAGGCCAUAAUCGAAUCUCCCGAUAAGCAGUUGACCCUGAACGAGAUCUACAACUGGUUCCAGUCGACGUUCUGCUACUUCAGGCGCAACGCGGCCACUUGGAAGAACGCAGUGCGUCACAACCUGUCGCUGCACAAAUGCUUUAUGCGCGUCGAGAACGUGAAGGGAGCCGUGUGGACGGUCGACGAGGUCGAGUUCUACAAGCGGCGCCCGCAGCGAGCCGCGCACGCGCCGCCGCCCAUGCACCACGCCGGGUUCAUGGGAGCUCAAAGCCCACCAAUGAUGACAAGUCCUCAUGGCUACAGUGAAGCGCUGAAAAGAAAUCUCCAGGGGAUGAUGGAAGAUUGCAACUUGUCCUACAUGUCCGGUGAGGACCACAUGAUGCAAACCGAGGACUAUCCGUCUUCGCACGAGGAGUAUAGCCGACCCCCAAUACUGAACGGCUACGGCAGCAGUUCAUCCCAUGAGGUGAAGGCCGAAGACUUGAGCGCUAAUGACACACAGGAUAUUAAACCCAAUAUAUACGCGCUUAAGAACGAGAUUCAAGCGUCUGAUUACUCUAAUAAAGCCGGCGACUACUCCAACAAGGAGUCUUCGAGCAAUCGUUCCGGCGAAGGAAGCAGUUACGACGAUUACCGUCCCGAAGACAGAUACCGUCCCUCCAUAUCCCACAUCAAGGACGAAGCCGAGAACCUCUCACUGAACGAGCAAAGAUCUGAAAAGUAAAACCGAGAUAAGUCUAUCCAACCAUUCGAUACGCGCUAUCGAUACAUAUAUAACCUACCCUUAUUAAUGUGGAUUGCGAAAGGAUUUAGAAGAUAUUUUCUAUCUACGAUACAGUUACAUCAUUUACUCUUGAUUAUGUUUAUGUAAGCGCGAAUAGUUUUCCAAUCCACCAACGCAGAUCAUAUCCUUUGCGUUUAACAUACGAAGAUUCGUUCAGAUUACUAAUUAGGGAACUGCAAUGGAAAGCAAAGUGAAAUCUUACGAUACCUCGAUGAUAUAGUUGUUUCUGUUGACUCUGCGUAGAGACAAUGGUUGUUGCAAAUAUAAUAUGUAUUUUAAUAAUGAGUACUAAAAAGUAUCCGUGCAGAAUUUCGAAGUUCGCUUUAGAACAGAGAGAGAGAGAGAGAGAGAGAAAGCGAGUGAGAUAGAGAAAAAAGUGAGAGCCAAAGUAUGAAUUUUGCUCUCCAAAUCAAUUUGCAUAGAAAAAUUACCGGGGAUGAACGAUCGUAUCGUUUGACGUUCUUGACGUACAUAUGUCACUUUUCAUGGCGGUCAACAAGCAAAGGGAAUAAGUUAAAGUUCCCAAAAUUAACUUGGGAAAUGUAUUCAGUAGCAUGUCAAUGUUUCUUGAUUAGUAAUCUGUUCGUGUCAUAAUAAUACGAAUAUAAAAACAUAAAUAUUUACGGGUUUAGAUCUAUUAAAUGUUAGGCAGUGUUUAUAUAGAAAUGUGUUCACAAUUGGAUUUCGAGUAUGGGCGAUCUCCUAAACGGGAGUUUUGUUACAACCAAAUAUAUUUUUUUUUCGCUUAAUACGAACGUGCCCGGCUCUUAGCGGGACUAUUUCAAGUAUUAUAGGUUUAUCCUUUAGUCUUUAUAACUUGGUAGCUAAGGUCUAAAAUUAGUCGUGUAGUUAGCUAAGUUAAGUUUUAGUGGAAAAUAUUUAGAUAUUCCAAACGGUUUAUACCUUUAAAUGUUCAUAUCAAUAAUGAAAAUAUUUAAUCGUUUGUAAUAUAACGUAAGCACAAUAAGUAGUUGUAUCUGUGUGUAAAGGUUCGAUUAGGUAUUGCGCAUAGCGUUUUCGUUAAUUCGAUUCACAUUUAACGCUUCCGACGAGUGAAUUAUUCGUAUUAAGUUUCUAGAUUGUUCUGUAGCGAUAUAUCGAUUGGGAAUUAUCGAUUUUUUGUUUCGAUUCCAAUUAGCGAUUGAGACACGGGUGAUUUGAAUUUUUUCGCGAAGCGUCCGCCAUUGUUCCGAAUGAUUUAAGAUAUUAUAUAUAAAUAUCUAUGUCUAUAUAUUAUCUACUUAAACAUUACGAAUAUAUAAAUAAGACAGAUCUCAAAUUAUCAAUGGAGUCGAAACAGUAACGUGAUUCAUGAAGGAAUUGAUUUCAUAAGUGAUCUGAAUUAUAUUAUACAUAUAUAUUUUUGAAAUGUAACCGUUUUUUUAUUUUUAUUUUUUUUUAAUCGCGAAUAUAUUUUGUGAUGUGUUAUUAUAAUAUUAUCGUUUUUAGUGAUUAGUUUUAUUGGUUUUUUUUUUUAUUAUUUUUAUUUAGGACUAAGCUUUAAUUGGUUUUCUAUCUUGGUGAUAUCGAUAAGAAAAUAACUCGCCGUGUUUCAUCGUAACGAGAUAUUCUUUGUAUUUUUUAAUUGAAUCGCAUUUAUAUUUAUAUUUAUAUAUCUAUUAAGCGUACUUUCUACACCACUAGAUUUUUAUAAUCAAAAAUGUAAGGCGCUAUCGGAUGAUACUUAGCGUAUUCAUGAUAAAAGUGUUUAUCCCUACUUUAAAGCAUAAAGGUAUCGGCUUGUAAAUAGCAGGGGGGAGGUCUGCCAUUUCCUCCCCUCCCCUCCCCUCACAAAUGUAUCUCAAUACUACAAUACACCCGCAAAAAGAGCUUAAAGCUUAUUAGUUUACCUUAGUUGCGAAUGAUGCGCCACACUUUAACUAAAGCUAGAGACUGGUUCGUCCUGUCUCAAUUAAAACUACUUUCACGGCUUAAUAUCGCGUUUUUCAUCAAUCAACAUUAAAAAAACAGUCAUACAUAGUAUGUAUAACCGUUUCUUUAUAAAAAUACUAAUAAAUAUAUAAAAAAAUAAAAAUACAUUCUGAACGGCACCAUUUCGUUAUAACAUUGGUUUACCAUUAUUAACAAAAUCAAUAUGCAGACACUGCACAAUAUGUACACACUGCUUCAUUCAUAUAUGAUAUGCGUUGCAUUAAAUAAUAAUUGGUAAUUAUAUUAUAUUUAUAUUUAAUCGGUAAUAAUCUUAUAUCUCCGGGUGAUUUCCACGUUGCCGUCUCCACGACUUAACGCCAGAUAAUUGUGUGCGUAUCAUUUCGAACCAUCACUAAUUUUUAACUAUUUCGGACUUUUUAUUACCUUCAAAGACCGAUUUAAUGCGGUGUGAACGUCUGAAGCAAAAUGGCGACUAAUCGCAAAGUCCUGAAAUUGAAAUUAAAAAAACGUAGCGCCGAGAAAAAACCGUUAAACAUAAUUUUGUAUAUCUUAAAAACUAUAACAGACGGCUUUUACAUUUAUGGUAAUAAAAAUUUAGCGGUGUGCUUUCAUAUAAAUACAUAGUUCUUUCUACCUAUGUUGAUAGCCUUGAGAGGCUAUU